AUGGAGUCACACGCCACCAGAGGUGGACACCUGGAUGCCACGGCCGGUCGGGAAGUUGUAUACUGCCAUGCCUGUUCUAAUGAAUGGUGGAAAGACGAACAUGGCCUACGAUGCCCUCGUUGCGAGAGUGAGAUCAUUGAAAUCGUUUCCCCAGAUAACGACCCCAGACUCAUUGAGGACGGUCCUUCUCUCCACGAGACGCCCGGCCCCGAUCGCCACAGGCACCCCCUAGACGAUGAUUCCGACCCUGAUGAAGCCGACAUAGAGGAACAUUUGCAUCGCGGCCCCAGUGGUUUUGUUCUCCAUCGCACGAUAUGGGAUAAUCAGGGACCCGGGCAGAGUCCGUCUUCGAAUACACGACAGCCACCUGACCCGGGCGAUGGGGAUCAAAUCAUCAGGCGCUUCAUUGACAUGGUCAACGAGUUUGGUAUGGGUCAUCCCCCUCGCCAGACAGAGGAGCCACGCUCUCCUGGUUUUGGCGGUGGUGGCUUGUUUGGCGGUGGAGGUAAUGUCCGCACCUAUUACAGAGGAGGCCCUGGAGGUACCACAAGCUUCACAAUCGCUACUGGACCGAUUCAUAUUCAACGAGGAGGCGGCUCGCCUGUCGGCCCCGGAACCGACCCCUUCCAAUCUAUCUUCAGUAGUGUCCUCAACGGAGCAGGCCCGCCAAAUCCUGGUGGACCUUCUACUCCUGGCCAAGAACAACGUACGCUCAACGGAGCGCCUACGCUCCUCCACGAAAUCCUUAAUAUGCUCAACCCGGCAAACGCCGCACAUGGCGACGCUGUAUACACUCAGGAGGCCUUGGAUCGGAUCAUUUCUACUCUGAUGGAGCAGAACCCGCAGUCAAAUGCGGCACCUCCAGCUACCGAUGAGGGGCUUAGGAAGCUGGAGCGUAAGAAAGUCGAUCAGAAAAUGCUGGGUCCUGAGGGAAAGGUUGAGUGCACAAUUUGCAUCGAUAGCUUUAACGAGGGUGACGAUGCCACAGUGUUGCCAUGCAAGCACUGGUUCCAUGACCAGUGUGUGGUGAUGUGGUUGAAGGAGCAUAACACAUGUCCCAUUUGCCGCACUCCCAUUGAGGAGCCUAGCAACAGCAACAGUAACAGCGAUAACAACAACAACAGCAGAAGCGGUGAUAACGGCGGAGGCAACGCAAACAAUGUCGACCACAGCAGCCAUGACCCAUCUCGGCGCCCACCCGAUGCUGCCCCGGGUUCAUCUGACAGUAACCAGAACCCCGCGUUCUGGGAUGAUGCGCCACCCGGAAUGCCUGGCCACUGGGGAGCGCCGACAUUUGCUGCCCGCCCAAUCUUUUUUGAGAGGCCGAGGCCCCCUCCAGUUCCUGCGGAUUCUACGAGACCAGAGCGAUCUCCCACUGCUGACUGGGGGGUACCUUUUCCCCUUUAUGGGGGUUCUAGCACCGGUCGGGACACUUCACGGAAUCCCGAUAUCCCGCCUCGCCCGUCACCUCUGGAGUCUGGGCGUAUGCCCAGCUUCCGCUCGCGCCGGGAUUCACACUCACCCCCCAGUCUACGCCGACACCAGUCGGAUUCUUUUCGAGCUAGAGAACGAAGUCCGUCAUCCGGCAACUGGGACAGAAAUCAAGACAACAACCAGGAUUCAGGAUCAAACCACGGCCCCUUGAAUUGGCUUAGGAACACCUUUUCACGUGGUUCUGGCUCGGGUGACAACUCGAGAGACAGACGGAGACCUUGA